AUGUUCCGGGCCAAACCAGGGAAGCCGAAAUCCUCAAACUGCUACAGCAAUCUCUUGGAGAUGAUAUCCUCUCCAACUCAGUCGAUGGCGACCGCAUCGCUGGCAUGGGAGCCGACGGCAGGAGUCAUGGCGGAGGUGGGCUGCUGCUGCAUUCCGACCAAAGCGAUAAAGAACAUGACAAGAGAAGUAGGCAAAUUAUUUUUGAGACAACUUUGGUUUGCAUAG